AAUUCAUUGGAUUAUCUGUAUAACUUUUUUUUAUGCUCCAACUUAACAACAAUUCUCUGUUCCUAGGCGUUGAUUUCCCAAGGAAAGAACACACCUUUUCCGUCUUUAGCUUUCGUUUCUUAAUUAACGUGAUUUUUCUUGAUUCCUUAAAUGACCCCUUUAAACUUCUUCUUCGUCUUCCUCCUAUCGUUCUUUCUUCAUCCAUUUUUUACCUACGGUGAAUUCUGCCCCAGGGUUUCAUGCGGCAAUGUAUCAGUUGACUUCCCUUUCCGACUCACAAAUCAACCCGACUGCUGCGGCGAUCCCAACUUCAACCUCUUAUGCACAACCACAAACCAAAUCAUCAUCAGUUUCCCAUUUUCCGGUGACUUUAUGGUCAACACCAUCAAUUAUUCCAAUCCUUAUUUACAGCUCACUGACCCUUGCAUCACCAAACGUCUUCUUCAGGGAUUUAAUCUCACCGGCACUCCGUUUCAGCCCCUAUACACUCGAACCUACAUAUUUUCGAACUGUUCCACCGAUUCAAAUAUCUCAGUCGUCUAUCCUUCAGCUUUAUUUUUUUCUUGCCUUAGUAGUAUAAACUUUUUGGUUUGGGGUAUAGCCAAAAACUUUUACGAUCCGUCGACGCCGGUGAGUUCAUGUCUAGAGCUAGCAGAGAUUUCAGUCCCCCAACACGAUCCAGGUUGGCCAUUCUAUAUUGAUGAUAUUCCGUUAACAUGGGAACAACCCCAUUGCCAUACGGUACCAUGUAACUACUGUCCAAGUAGUGAAUGCUCCAGAGAUAAAGGAGGUCUUUCAAACGGUACCAAAUACGCUGUGAUUUUCAUCCUGGGAACACCCAUCUCCUUGAUUGCGGUGUGUAUUAUUUAUUACAACGUUAGAGUCCAUUGUGCUGAUCAUCGUCGCCACCAACCAAAUGUCGAAAUCUCCGGCCUCACUUCAGAGCCGCAGUUAGCUGGUAUUAUUGUAAAUGGUCUCGAUGGUUCAAGUAUCGAAGCCUAUCCAAUUACAUUGCUCGGUGAAAACAUGAAGCUUCCAAGGCCUAAUGAUAAUACUUGUUCUAUAUGUUUAUCGGAAUAUCAAGCCAAAGAGACAAUAAGAACAAUACCUGAUUGCAAUCACUACUUUCAUGCUAGUUGUAUUGAUGAGUGGCUUAAGUUAAAUGCAGCCUGCCCUGUGUGUCGUCGUACACCAGAUCAAGACUCUGCUCAUUUACUCACCCAUUCCACAUCAUCUUUUUCAUCGAGACCAUCACUAUAG